UAGAAAGCACAAACACAAACGCACACAGACAAACUCGUCGUUUUGUGUCUCUUGUUGCCCGUAUCUACUACCAUCUUUAUUCCCGUUCCUUCACUUUCAUAUAAAAAUAUAUACCACCCCAUUUCAAAUACAGAGUCAAGAGAUUCAAAGCUUUAUCUCUAAACCAUGUCCUUCUCCCAGCUCAACACUUUCGGGUGUUGCACCUUUUCCCCAUCAGGAAAAGAUCUCUUGCCACAACCAGCUUCAAUAGUUCAAAGGACAAAUGGCACAGCAGAAGUAAAUACUGCUGUUUUGAGUUUGGAAGGAACUAAAAAAAGAAUAAAGAAGAUGUUCAACAAGGUUGAUCUCUCUGUUUCAUCAUAUGACACUGCUUGGGUGGCAAUGGUCCCUUCUCCAAAUUCCGGGAAGGAGCCUUUCUUCCCUGAAUGCGUAAAAUGGUUGUUAGAUAAUCAACUUCAUGAUGGCUCAUGGGGUCCUCCUAAUCUGCAUCAGUUGUUAACAAAAGAUGCCCUCUUAUCCACGUUAGCAUGCAUCCUUGCACUAAAGCGAUGGAAUAUUGGUGAAGAACUAAUUGACAAGGGUCUGCAUUUUAUCGAGUCAAAUUUAGCUUCAGCUACUGAUGGAGAGCAACCAUCUCCUGUUGGGUUUGAUAUAAUAUUUCCUUCCAUGAUUGAAUCUGCAAUGAAUUUGGAUGUGAAUCUACCUUUGGGAGGAUUAACCUUAGAUGCUUUACUUCUCAGGAGAGACUUUGAGCUUCAAAGAGGCAACAGAAGCAACUCAGAGGGGUGGAGAGCCUAUCUCGCAUAUAUUUCAGAAGGAAUCGGAAAGUCACAGGACUGGGAGAUGGUCAUGAAGUACCAGAAGAAGAAUGGGUCCUUGUUUAACUCACCAUCAACUACUGCUGCUGCUUUUACUCACCUCAACAAUGCUGGUUGUCUUAGUUAUCUACGCUCACUCAUAGAAAAGUUUGGAAGUGCAGUUCCAACGAUUUAUCCUCUAGAUAACUAUGCUCGCCUUUCUAUGGUUUCCAGUCUUGAAAGUAUGGGCGUUGAUCGAGAUUUCAGGGAGGAAAUAAGGAGUGUACUCGAUGAAACAUACAGAUGCUGGCUGCAGGGGGAUGAAGAUAUAUUUUCAGAUGCUGGCACCUGUGCUAUGGCAUUUCGACUCUUACGUCUUCAUGGAUAUGAUGUUUUUGCAGAUCCAUUAAGUCAAUUUUCAGAAGACAGUUUCUUCAAUUCCCUUGGAGGAUAUCUGAAGGACACUGGUGCUGCCUUAGAACUUUUUAGGGCUUCAGAAGUCAUCAUUCAUCCAGAUGAAUCAGUUCUAGAGAAACAACAUUACUGGACAAGUCAUUUCUUGAAACAGGAAUUAUCAAAUAACUUAACUCAGGCUCAUCUCAAUAAGCAUAUUGAUCAGGUGGAUGAUGCUCUUCGGUUUCCUUCCUAUGCAACUCUGGGUCGGUUAUCAAGCAGGAAAGCAAUAAAAUAUUACAACACUGAUAGUACAAAGAUUUUAAAAUCUUCUUAUCGUUGUUCAAAUGUUGGGAAUGAAGACUUCCUAAAACUGGCAGUGGAAGACUUCAAUAUGUGUCAAUCGAUACAUCGGGAAGAACUCGAGUAUCUUUCAAGGUGGGUUGUUGAGAGCAGAUUAGACAAGCUAGAAUUUGCUAGGCAGAAGCAGGCAUACUGUUACUUCUCUGCUGCUGCAACCCUUUUCCCUCCUGAACUAUCAGAUGCCCGCAUAUCAUGGGCCAAAAACGGAGUGCUUACAACUGUGGUUGAUGAUUUCUUUGACAUUGGAGGUUCUGAAGAGGAACUAGUAAACCUUAUACAAUUGAUCGAGAAGUGGGAUGUGAAUGCAAAAACUGAUUCUUGUUCUGAGCAAGUUGAAAUCAUAUUUUCAGCAAUUAAGAGCACAAUUAAUGAGAUUGGAGCCAAUGCAUUCCCACGGCAACAGCGCAGUGUAACAAAUCACGUCAUCGAGAUUUGGUUGGAUUUGGUUAAGUCUAUGCUGAAGGAAGCUCAGUGGUUGUUAAACAAUUCGGUGCCGGCACUGGAUGAAUACAUGGAAAAUGCAUAUGUAUCAUUUGCCUUGGGACCGAUUGUGCUUCCAGCUCUCUAUUUGGUAGGGCCUAAGCUCUCUGAGGAGGCUGUAUGGAGUUUCGAAUUCCACCAGUUGUAUAAACUUAUGAGCACCUGUGGGCGUCUUCUCAAUGAUAUGCAAACCUUUAAGAGGGAAUCUGCAGAAGGGAAGCUAAAUGCUGUUACAUUGGCCAUGCUUCAUGGCAAUGGCAGUGCUACUGAAGAAGAGACCUUCAGUGAGAUGAAGAGCAUUAUAGCCAUUAAGAGGAGAGAACUGCAAAGACUAGUUUUGCAGAAGGAUAGCUUAGUUCCAAGAGCUUGCAAGGACCUGUUUUGGAACAUGUGCAAAAUUGUGCACCUAUUUUAUGCAAAGCACGAUGGAUUCACUGGGCGUGACUUGAUGAAAACCGUAAAUGGACUAACCGAAGAACCGAUCAUUCUCAGUGAAUUGCAAGUAGAAAGUAAAUGAAUGGCAGGUCCAUCAAAGCUACAGAAUAGUGUUCUGUGCCAGUUAUUGGACGUGGUUGAAGUCUGAAAGUAAAAUAAACAGCAGCAUUCUUUUAUUUCUUGGAUAGUUUUAUAUUUCUUGUGAACCUUGUGAACCUUUUAUCAAAAUGAUCAAACACAGGUAGAAGUUUUUUCUUGUUUUAUA